AUGCCAUUACACACGGUCGCACUCGGGGCGGCUUUAACCCCAACAGUCAUUCAAACUUUUAUUUCUCAUUAUCUGCAUCGCAAAUCCCACCACAAUAAACCUACCGUUCAUAUCACCUACGAUGAAGGAAUUCAGAUUAUUCGUCAAUUCCUGUACUAUUCUUCAAAGCACCCCGUCGAAGAUAUCCAAGCCUUUACACGUCAGUCCGUUCCAAGCCCGCAUUGGGUAAGAUCAGAGACCGUCACCAUCCCAAAGGAGCACUUGGCCGUAGCAGCGGAUGUGCUUUUAAAGCAAUUGGGUCCCAAAGGUAUCGUGCGUGUCGGUGGACAGAAAUGGUGGCAAUGGCGAGGUCCUUCGGAGGAUCUUCAGGGGGAUUGGAUUGAGAUGCGAAGUCAGUACAAUGAGAGCAAAAAGGCCAAUGUACGCUGCAAUCGCAUCAUGCUGUACGUGCACGGUGGAGCCUACUUCUUCGGAAGUGUCGACACGCACCGAUACAUGCUGCAGCGUCAUGCGCGCAAAUUAAAGGGUCGUGUUUUUGCGCCGGAUUAUCGCCUUGCCCCACAGUAUCCCUUCCCCUGUGGCUUGCAGGACUGCAUGGCAUCCUAUCUAUGGCUCUUAGAGACAUAUGACCCCAAAGAGAUUAUUUUGGCGGGUGAUUCUGCUGGCGGUGGAAUGGUCUUGUCUAUGCUGGUCAUGAUGCGCGAUCAAGGAAUUGCUCUCCCUGCCGGCGCCAUUCUUAUUUCGCCGUGGGUUGACUUGACUCACUCUUUCCCAAGCAUUGUUGAGGAUAACCCGGGCGAUUACAUCCCUCCAUGUGGUUUUAGAUACAAGCCUUCCACCGCAUGGCCACCGCCUAACGCCGAUGAGUUGCUCAAAAUCAAAGCUCUGUCACGCAAAGAGUCUGUCACCGCCAAAGACAUCGAAGAGACAGUCCCAACGGCAAACAGCCAGUCCGGAGAUACCGCUGUCCGUGGAUACACCUUGCAUGAUGAUGUAGUGCCCGAUGCAGGACCUGCUUAUCCCGGGCAGCAGCAGAAUUCGGAUCCCCAAACCCUUCACGGCGAGCCUGAUAACAUCCACGUCAUUAUGGAUGGGAAGACAGUUGAACUCAAAGAUCAGAUUCAGAUGUAUGCUACCAAUCAACUGAUCUCUCACCCUCUGGUGUCGCCAGUUCUCCAGCCUUCUCUUGGUGGCCUGCCACCUCUCCAGAUUCUAAGUGGCGGCGGCGAGAUGCUACGUGAUGAGCAAUUCUAUGUUGCCCACAAGGCAGCCAAUCCAGCAGCAUACCCACCCAGCGAUGUUUACCUGGACGAGCAUGAUCCAGAACGAGAAAUUCUGCACAAGUAUGAGCCGACAUACGUGCAGUUCCAAGUAUGGGAUAAUCUCUGUCAUGUUGCCCCUACCUUGAGUUUCACCCGGCCCGCAAAGUACAUGUUUCGGGCAAUUUCUCAAUUUGGAUCCUGGGCACUCGCUCGUGCACAAAAUGCUGAGGUUGAGAUCGUGGAUGAAGAACUGCUCUCUCCAAUAUCAUCCAGUGGUACAGAAAGCUCUGAGAGUCCCCGGGGUAUGCCUGGCUCGGGAAAACCAAGAACAGACACAGGCAUGUCAUUCGUUGGUAAGGCUGGUGAUCCGCUACCAGCCUUUCAUGAACAUAUGAUCCGUGAACGGGUCGACAAGCGUGGGCGAACUUACCCACUCAAUCCACCAUCAUCCUAUCCCGUUCUGGACAUCCCACCAGCACAGGUCGGGGCGAUCAACCCAGAGCUUAUCCGUAAAUGGCUGGGUGCAAAACACGAGUGGGAUCUGAAAUUUUCUAAAGAAAAGCUCAAGGUCCAGGGCCGACGCAUUAAAGAGAUGUCACAUGGUUUCCAGGACUUUGAAGGUGAAUAUCCGUCACCAAGUUCCUUGGCAGCCCGCCGCGCUGCUCCGGGUGUACUUCCUAAGCGUCAUGCUAAGAAGAAUUAUGGCAUGAUUCUCUGGAGUGGUUGGGGCAGCAAGCAUGACGAACGUACCAUGGAGCGAGAAAAGGACGCUGAGAAAUCCGGUCGGCGGUCAACUCGUGCGAGCGUGGAUGCCGGCCAAGCAGGUCAAUGGUCCAGCGAGCCUGCAAAGAAUCCUCGGCCAGAUCCCACGAACCGAAAGUCAGUUGCCACGAACUCCAUGUCAAGUGGUGCUGCUGCGAUAACCUGGGAUGCUGCGAAUGAACAGAAGCCGACAAUUAAUGGGGGCCCCUAUGUAGAUGGGGAUUCGGCUUCUCUUCGGCCCAAAUCGGAGAAUAACGGUGGUCCAAUCCUGGUCCUUCCAGGGGUGGACAAUAGCAAGUUCAACGAAGAAAACGCAAGUACAAGGGCACUAUUCCAUGCAGCAGGGACUCUUCCCAUGAGAUCCGAUGUCUCUCUACCGUACCUCAGGGGCCGGCCCUCGUCCGUUGGAGGGUCGGUAGCUGGUCGAAGCGAAUUUUUGUCUGAUGCAGGCGAGGACACCAGCACUCUUGGCGGUGGCGAUGCAGUGAGUGGUAUUGUUGCCCACGAUGCUGCCAGCACACGCGCUGUUCUUUCAGCUAGAGGUGUCAUCGGAGUACUCAAUGGUGGGGACAGUGCUCGAGCAUCUACUGAUACUUCAUCUCUGCGCCCCUACCUCCCAGAUGGCGAUGCACACUCGAAUGGCAAAAUCGGCGGGGACUCAAUCUCCCGUCGGCCAGAGAUGCCCGACAGAGAGGAUUUCAAAACCGCAAGUGAACAGCUUUAA